UCGAUAUGUUUUUCAGUGUCGGGUGGAGUCUACAUCCCGUCGCAUCUCUGCGGGGAAGGAGUAGGAAUUUUUUCAAUUAGUUUUUCACUGACUAUUUGUUACUGCCAAGCUAUCGAAAUAGUCCUUAAAGAUGACGACGACAACCACCUUUCAAGGAAUGGACCCUGGUGCUAAAAGCAGUUCCAGGGUACUACGACCGCCAGGCGGGGACUCCAGCUUCACCUUUGGCACAGACGACAACUCGACCCCCCAGCGCAAGAACAAGAUGGCCUCUAGCAUCUUUGCAGAACCUGAGGACCCCCAUGCUCAUCGGAGGAACAAUCCACCUAGCGGGGCUCCCACAGGGACCCUGUGCGGGGAGCCCUCAGCCCCACUGAGGCGGUGCCAGCAGCCUCUUCUCUUCCCCAAGAACCCUCAGCCGGAACUGACCACCAUCCACAACUCUGGGGCAGCCAUGGUCUGGAACCAGAGACGAGAGGGUGAGAAUGGCCAAGAACAAGCAAACGAUGCACCUGUAGAGUGUCCUGACGAUGUGGAGAUGGAGCAUGAGGAGCAAGACCAGCAGAGGGAGACGUCAGACUCCUCCGCCCCGUCGGAUGGUGCCAACGCUGCCGCAGGUGGCCGAAGAAACCCACCCGGUGGCAAGUCCAGCCUUAUCCUGGGUUGAGACCACUUGUUUUUUUUGGUUUUUUUUCAUUCAAACGCUUUUUUUAUUUUUUAAAGAUAAAUACCCCCACCACUCUCUUCCUCCUCAUCAUCAUGUCACCUUCUUCCCUAAUUCACAUGCACUCAUGCUGUCACGUCCAUGGACCCUCGUGUCCUCGCCCUCCACCCUCAAACCUUUUGUUUUGAUCCUUUUUUCUAUUAAAAGAAGAAAACUGUUGACAAAAGCACUUUAUGUAUCUCCCCCCCUCCUUCCAUUUCAGCCCAUCCUGUAGUGCAUCGCGCCUGCUGGGAAAGGCAUGACGUUUAGCUUGUCUCUCAUUCUUCCCUGUUGUAAAUGGUAAAGGAAAAAAUAAUAAAAAAGAUUUGAUGCGUGGAUUUCUAAAUACAAUAAAGAUUGAUAUGAAUUUGC